CAAAAGAUGGAUGAACACGGAGGAGGAAGCAAGGUGACAGGUAUAAGGCAAAUUGUGAGACUUAAAGAGUUGUUACAUAAAUGGCAAAAUGUGACACUUAGUCCUAAAGGUACUCUUCAAUCAUCAAAUAUUGAUAGUAAUAAUGGCAAUUUUCAUGGAGGUAUAUCACCAGCUAUUACAAAGAGGCUAAAGAACUCCAUUAAUGUGUGUUGUGAUUCGGACGACGAGAGUUGCCAGAGUCCAGAGCCACCCCAUGGUGUUCCUAAAGGUUAUUUAGGAGUUUAUGUUGGACCGGAGCUUCGUAGGUUUAUAAUUCCUACAACUUACCUUAGUGAUCCUUUGUUCAAAGUGUUGUUGGAAAAAGUUGAAGAAGAAUUUGGAUUUGAUCAUACUGGUGGACUUACUAUACCUUGUGAGAUUGAGACUUUUAAGUACUUGUUGCAAUGCAUGGAGAGUCAUCAAAGAGGUCAUGGUGUUAAUCCUCAACAUGAUUCUUCUGGAUCUUCAUUGGCGAUUAAGGGGUGAUCAACUACAAUGAUCUUAGUGGUGGUUGAAUCUUUAGGGAUGUUUUUUUU